AUGAAGGCGGCCAAGGCGCUGGAAGAGAAGGCGCGAGAGAGUUUACCAGCGAGCUCAUACACUACUAACCCCAUGCCACAGAAGUUGCAGACGUCUCCCGAGCGAUCUCUGAUUAAAGGCACACAGCACAAGCGCAUGCAGUCAUUACAGCCGGGCAGCGUUCGUGAUCUACGCAGCUACCUUGACAACCGCUCACCUGAGCGUGCCUAUCUCGAUGCCCGGUCGCCCGAGCGGUCGCCCGAACGCGAGCGACCAUCGAGUAGGGGAGGACGGCCCAUGUCAAGGGACUACGAGAGGGAUUACUUUGGAAAGGAUGCCGACGUGAGUCCUAUCCGACAACUCACUCCUACACCAGCAUCACGAUUCGAGAUCAAAGACACACCUGCCUUACGGCCUAGCCAGAGGGCCAUCCUGGGAGAGAACACACCACCCUCUGCCACAAUGCAGGCCUUGCAAAGUAUGACCAUUCCUCAACACAUGCUUGACCCGCCGUUAUCGAACAUCACCAAUCGCUCAGCGCAUUCUUCACCUGCGGCUACGCCAGCUUCAGCUCCGGCGUCUGCACCAGUCCAUGGACCACCGCCGCCGCAGAACUUCGAUAACAUCUCUAGUCAGCUCAUGAGCAUCAACAACAUCGUCUCCAGCUUGCAGAAAGACAUGUCGCAGCUCAGCCGACGGAGCAAGGACAAUGCCACUGAUCUUAUCAGCUUGAAGGAAGCCACCAACACCCGCGACGAAGACAUCCGCAAGUCGCUGAAAGAUCUUCUUUCCACCAUGUCACAAAAGCAGCAAGCUCAAGCUGCAGCGGCCAUGAAUGGCGACACCUCUCGCUCUAGUAGCCUCAACCUCCAAGAUCCUCACAUGACCCCAACGAAGCAAUUCACUUUCCCUCGUAUGGCACCCACCAGCCCAUGGACAGACGAGCGCAUCGGUAGUCCGAAUCCAUACUCUGUCGAGGGAGCCGCUAGUGUCGCAAUGCUGGAGAAGAUCAUACGCGAGAUGGUAACCAAGGAUGGUCAAGAGCGCCUGGUAGCGAGUCUGCAGAAGCUAGUCGACAAGGCCACGGGAGAGACUGCCAAGAAGGUUACUGAGCUGGCCGAGUUCGUCAAGCAAGGCUCAGCCGGUGGCUUUAUGAAUGCAGCAGCUCCUGGAUCGGCAUCGUUCCAGCCUUCCCCAGGAUCCGGUGCCUUGACGCGGACGAUAUCCGCUGAUAGCAAAGCUUAUUCCAGUCCAAAGGCUGCCGAUUUUGUGAGCGAGGAGAUGCUGAAGUUCCUCCGUAAGAUCAAGGAUAGUGUCGCCGAGUCAGGGUGUGUCACAAUGGCCACCAAGACCCUCAUCCAAGAUCUCCGCGGUGAGGUACUCGGAAUGGGACGGGAACUUGCUCGCAAGGUUGAGGAAGCAGAACAGGCCAGGCAAGUCGAAGCUGGGCCUGAUUCGAGCGCAUCAAACGAGGACAUCAACGCCAUCGUUCAAGAGGGCCUUGCCAACCUUAAAGACCAUAUGGACAAAGUCAUGCGUGAGCGAAGACGGCAAUCCAUGUCAUCUGUCGUGACGCGCACCACAGUCGACAAUAACGAGGUCUACGACGUCGUCAAGCAAGCACUGGCAGAACGCGGCUUGGAUCAACCAACACCCCAAGCUGCAGCUGUCGACAAAGAAUCAAUCAUCAGUGCUGUUCGAGAGGCCUUUGACGGCGUCGAGAUAAACCCGAACGUCGAAGUGCAACAGGUCGGCUUAGGGAAUGAUGAGAUUUUGCAAUGUCUUCGCGAAGGCCUACAAGACUUCAACGGCUCCGGCGCCGUCACGAAGGAGGAGAUUGAGACCAUGCUCCAGGACUCAUUGCAGAAGAUUCAGCUCCCUCCUCCUAUUAACGAGGUCCACGAGAUCCGCGAGGAAGUUCUUAUGGCCGUGCGAGAGUCUUUGGAGGAACUGAAACCUGCACUUGCAGCUCAAAACCCGCCAACGGACGCUCUGUCAAGGGAAAUGCUCGAGGAGGUGAUUCGUCAAGCGCUUUCUGAGCAACAACCUGCGCCAAUGGAAGUUGAGAUCCCUCAAGAAAGCAUCACGGAGGCUGUACAAAGCGCUUCACAGGCUCACAACGAUGCUGUCAUGGAACGUCUACAGUCUAUGCUAGACGAGGUGAACACCCAAUUCCAAGGUUUCUCUUCAGCCAACGGGCGUGAAACCGAGCAAGUUCUCCAAACCCUUCGUGAGGGACUGGACAGUCUCCGUACCGACCUCCAAGGCUCUGUCAACCAGCCCCGAGAGAUCACCCAGGAUGGCGAAAUGAUCGACGUCAUCAAGGCUGAACUCGACAAGUUGCGCGAAGAUGUUCAAGGCUACGUCGCCGAAGGUCCUCGUGGAGACCAAGCUUGGAGCCGUGGUGACAUGGUAGAAUACAUCAAGUCUGAGUUCGAGAACCUCCAUGAGAAGCUGAGCUCUCAGUUCCUUCCUUCUUCCAAGAACAACGAAGAGAUUCUCGCUGCCAUCAAUGCUGGGUUCGACGAGAUGAAGUCACAGGUUGCACUUCGAUCGGAAGAUGAUGACUCUAACGAUGACAUCAGUGAGGCCAUCAAGCACGAGUUCGAUCAGCUGAAGGAAGUUGUUCUUGGCGAUACCUCCAGCAACAAGAACGAUAUCCUUGAGAAGCUUCAAGCCGGUUUUGACGGGCUCCAUACUUUGAUGGGCGAGAAGCAGACUGCGACUACAUCGAACGACGACAUGCUAGCAUCACUGAAGGAGGAGUUCGAGCAUCUUCGGGAGACCUUGGGCGGCUCACUGACGAAAUCCGGUGGCGGAGCCGAGAAAGAUGACAUUGUCGACGCUAUUCGGGAACUCAUCGACGGUUUGCACACAUCCCAAGAGACUACUUCAAAGGACAACAUCGCGCUCAUUCGUGGCGAACUGGAGGCCUUGAAGGAAUCAUUUGGCAAUGCCCUUGUGCCAUCCAGUGACAACGACAAAGCCGAGAUGAUCAUGGUUGUCAAGGCUGCACUGGAUGAUAUCAAGACCAACCUCCAGUCUGCUGGCGUUAACGAAGAACUCCUAGAAGCUUUCCGCGGAGAGCUGGACCUUCUCCGCCAGUCUGACAACGUCACCAGACAACACAACCGGGCUGAUACCGAGGAGGUCCUGGAAGCCCUCAAAUUGGGUCUCGACGAUCUUCAAUCGCAUCUGGACAAGAAGCUCGACACCCCCGACCGCAACGCGUCUGCUACUAGCGAGAUCAUGGAUGCGAUGAACGAGGGUCUCGAUGGUCUGAGGGCCGACGUUUCCAAAAUGGCGGAGAACACUGUCGACAUGAGCGUAUCGUACGAGAUCUUGGAUACGCUCAAGGAAGGGUUGAACGCGUUGCGUGACGACAUCGACAUGCUCAAAGGCGUAAGGCAGGAAACUUAUGUCGAAGAGUAUGUUCCUCUUCCUCCUGCUGGAAACGAGAUUGCUCUCGCGAACGAAGCAGCAGGUGGAGAGUCAAUGUCACGUGAAAUUGUUGAGGAAGCUACGCAAGCGGAGCUCCCGCCGUCACCAACCCUGCCUCCUCAGCAAUCGGCCGACUUGUCGAGAAUGGAGCUUAUGCUGGAGCAGAUUCAGGAUAAGGUCGAAGCCAUGGAUGCUGCUAGGGCUGAGCCAGUGCCAUCAUCCGAACCUGCUGCCGUGGCAGCUGGAUCCGCUAUGAAGGAGGACCUGGUUGCUAUCGAAGAACUCCUGAAAGACGUGCAAGCUGCUGUCCUUGUCAUGCAGGAUCGGGAAUCCGCACCACCUGCACUGGAAGGUGUCGCUAGAAAAGAAGACACUGAUGCCAUCGAGACUCUUCUCGCAAACACCAAAGCCAAGAUCGAAGAGCUCGUCCUGCCCGACCCAGCCACUGCUGUCACCAAGGAGAACUUGGAGGAUGUUGAGAUCGUCGUACGUACCACAUCCGAGGCCUUGGAGGCGCUCGCGAAGAAGUUCGAGGAUGAAGGCGCGACGAAGGCCGACGUUACAGUCAUUCAAGUCAUUGCCGACGAUAUUAAACUUGCUCUUGACGAAAUGAAGACAGCCAAGGCUGAUGACGAGUCCAACCCACAAGCAACCAAGGCGGACAUCGACGCUGUAACCCUGCUCGUGGACGAUCUCAAGGUUAAACUCGACGACCUGAAGAUCCCGGAUCCAGAAGAGCUCCCCUCCAAGGCUGACUUGGAACAACUCACUGGCUUGAUCCACGACUUCCGCGAUAGCCACGACAAGAUGAAGGACACCUACGAGGAAGACAUCAUGAAGACCGCCACCAACUUCGACGAACGUCGCGCUGAAGCUGCUCAACUUGUGGAAGAUAUCACUGGAGUCAAGACUGCCUUGGAUGAGAUGCGAGAGGAGAUCAAGACCAACCUCAUUGAAGGUGGUCCUAUCGAAGGCCUCCAAGCUUCCUUCAAAACGUUGGAGGAGACUAUCGGUGCUAACAACGUCACCGCUGAUGUCAAGGAACUCAUGGAGAUUCUUUCGAGAGAGUUCGAGCGCGCUCACGGAUCUAUCGAGGGCCUCCAGAACGACCAAGCGGAGAAAUCGGCACUUCAUCUUGAGAAGCACGAUGAAGUCAAGGACGCCAUUGUUGCAGGCUUCACAGAAAGCCUAGAGGACAAAUUCAACACGCUCAUGGCGAAGUACGACGAUGCUCAACUCCUGGCCGACGAACUUGCAAAGGUCAUGAAGGAGAAGUCAGAAGAACAAGAGAAGAUGCUCGAGAGCACCAAGGCAACUGCCGACGAGCUUCGUCUGACCAUCGAUACUCUUGGCGCUACUAUCGCGGGUAUGAAUGAUCGAUUCGAAGGUGCCACUUCCCAAUUUGAAGGUGCCUCUACCCAGUGGACGACCGACUCCUCAGCCGUCAUCAGCAAGGUGGACGAAACUCUUGCGAAGUACGAAGAACAGAAACUCGCAUUGAUGGAAAAGCUCGAUGAGCAGAAGCUUGAAACCAUCGCAAAGCUUGAGGAGCAGAAAAUCGAGUACAUCGCCAAGCUUGAGGAGCAAAAGAACGAGACCAUCACCAAGUACGAGGAGCAGAAGCUCGACGACAAGACUGAGCAUUCUCACACUCGUGACGAGAUCAAGAACGUCGAAAACGUCUUCAACAACAUCCAGGAUAACAUUACUGAGUAUCAUCCCAAGUUCAUGGUUGCCCUGCACGAGAUUGAAGCAUUGGUCAAGGCUCACUAUGAGCACGCGCAGAAAGCCAAGGAAGAGGCAGAUGAGAACGCUCGUGCUUGGAACGAAGAAGCUAAGGCUCGUUCCGAAGAAUUGCAAACGCACUUUGCCAAUCUGCCGAAGCUUCUCCCUGCGCCAGCUCCAGCUAUCGAGCUUCCGGACAAGUACGACGAUGCACCUGUGCAAGAGAAACUCGACAAGCUGCUUGCGAUUGAACCGUCGCCAAAUUACGAUGACGGCGCGGUGCAUGAGAAGCUUGACAAGCUCCUCGGUCAUGCUGAUGAGGCAGGUAAAUCGGCAGGAAACCUUGAGAAGCUAGACGAGAUCCACGCCCAAGUCAAGAUAACCGCUGCAGAGCUGAGCGAGUUCGUUGCCAAGCAGACGCAGUUUAUUACCGACGGCAAUGAGUCUAAGGAACGCGAAGCUGAGGAACUUGGUCUGCUCAUUGAACGCAGGACGACUCAGAAGGAGCAGCUGGAGAUUGACUUGGAAAGCUUGCGAGCCGAGAAGGCGACACAGAAGGAGCAGCUCUUUGCGGACAUCCAGGAGAUGAAGGCCGAAAAGGAGCGUGUUGUGCAAGAACUGAAGGAAGAGAAGGAACGCGUCAUGGCUGAACUGCAAGAAGAGAAAGAUCGGACCAUGGCAGAGCUCAAGGAGGAGAAAGACUCCCUCCUUGCUGCCGUCGCAAGUCUGCAAGCCGAGCGCGAGAACCUUGCGAACCAAAAGGUGCGCCUCACUGGCGAGGUCUCGUCUCUUCACACUGCGCUCGACAUUCGUCGAGAGGAACUGCACUUCAUGGACACCAAGGCCGAUGCACUGGAGCGUCGCAUCUUGAACGGUAUCAUGGAUCACUCCCGUGCUCUGAUGAUGACCAAGGGUGGGUCGAAGAAUGCUUCCAAACUCAAGAAGCGUAUGAACGCAGAAGCUGGGAACGAAGACGCCAGGGCUAUGCCCCCUCCCAGCACUGCAGCUAAUGGACUCUCUCUUGCGCUCAAGCCUCGCCCUGCUAUUCGCCGCGGGGCGCCUGCCAACCCAGCACAGCGCCGUAUCUUGUCUCUCAGUCAAAUCAGCGGCAACGCGCCCAAUGGAGCUCAAGCUUACCCGGCAACUUCGACUCCAGCUAAUAGCAAAGCUGGCGGACUGGGCCGCAGUCACUCUGUCAAGACCAGCAAUUACUCUCGGAAGGGGUCUUGGGGUGGUCGUCCCAGCGCCGCUAUCGCCAACAAGGAAAACGGUGUUCUACCUGAGGAAGAUGAGCACGAGACGACGCCGAUAUCUCACGAUAUCAUUGAGGAAGAUGCACAGAGUGAGACCGGCACUGAGCGUCGCUACAGUCUCGACAGCCGCGACUAUGCUGAAGGCGAGACACCAGGCUACGAUGGACGCUCCAGCUUCGGCGGCACAGGGAGCGAGUACACAUACGCUUCUGGUUCGUCGUACAUGACCGGUAGCGACAUUGAUCACGACCGCCGUACCUCAUACGGUGCGCAGUCGGCUCACUCUGCUGCUCGUGGCGAACAGCCCAUCGACGAGGAAGGGUCGGUGUAUUCCGAUGACGAAGAAGACAAUGAGCCCACGGCUACUAUCAACCCCUCGGAUGUCACUGGCUCGGAGAUCUCGACCGCCACCGCUGACCACGACGUCGACCUGCCAACUCAGUCAGAAAUUGUUCGUGCUGUUGAUGCCGUCCGGGAAGAGAUGAAGGAAAACUACUCUCCACCUAGCGACUCCGGGGUUGGCACUGAUCUACCUACCGCCGACCUCAGUAACUCCUUAGUCGAUGCUGACUAUUUCCGACGUCAGGCUGAGGAGGAGGCGAGCACUGUCGGUUAA